CGCACAUCAUAUACAUAUACAUAGUUCAUUUCAGAAUAGUACAGUAAAGUAGCAAAUGUGAAAAUUGUCGCACGUGGAAUAUUAGUAAAUUUGGUGAUACAAUUGAUGUCGGACGUAUUUUCGAUAUUACUUUUUAAUCUCUCCAGCCAUAAACAUUUCAAAAGAAAAAAUUGAAAUUUGUGUUCUAAAAUAAUUCGCUUUGUAAACUCGGCCAGUGCAAGCUCUUGAGCGUUGCAAUAUGGCGUUCUCUACGCAGAAAGAAUUCUUUCAUGUGCCUUUUAUGAACGAGAAGCCUGAUUUUGAAUGCCAGGAAGCAUGCGUCAAGUUAAAAACUUAUCCAUCUACAUUCGAUGAUCGCUCUUGGGCAGCCGACGAGGACAAAAAGUCUCGUUUUGUCGCCGACCUAGUGGCUUGCAAUAUACCCUUUAUGUUGCGCCCUGAUGAUGGAAGGUAUGGAGAUGGUGAUGGGCAAACUGGCAGCAAAGCAGGAAAACCGAGUCAAAAGGGGCAGGACUAUAGUAAGGGUACGCACAGCACAGGUCCGAGUCAAGGAGGUUCCGGUGGAAUAGGUACAGAUCAGGAUCAGGGAGAUUCUGGAGAGGGUCGGGAUCCUGACCAACCCACAAGUAUGGGCGAGGGACCGUCUGAAGAUACCGAUAUGAAGGCUUCAGAAGGAGAACCAAUAGGGCAAGACUCCCAGGGAAACGAUCCGGAAACCCAAAAAGCAACUGAUGACAAAGAUAAUGAAGGACGAGGUGGAUCAAAUCAUGGAAAAGACGGAGAAUCCGAAAACGAUCAUCCAUCUGGGGCAGCAAGAGGAUUACAGCCUGAUCAGGAGGGUAAAGGUAAAGGUGGUGCAAAAUCACGACCUUGUGGACCGGAUCGCUGUAAGGGUCCAUGUACUGCAGACACUUGCCGCGGUUCGGGUGCUCCUGGUGGCCCACGACCUGAUCAGGAGGGUAGAGGACCUGACGAUUACGGUAGCGGAGGUCCAGCUGUAAGACCUGGCGACCGUGGCGCGGAGGGAACUAGAGAUCGUGGUCGAGGUCCGUCAGACGCACCUUGUAGUUGCUCUAAGCAGCGGUAUGGUCCUGGUGGUCCAGGUCCAGGAGGCCCAGGAGGGCCAGGAGGUCCCGGAAGACCACCUGGUGGUCCGGGCCCUGGAGGCUAUGGAGGUCCUGGUGGACCACCCGGUGGCUCGGGCCCCGGCGGCUAUGGCGGCGGUGGUCCUGGUGGUCCUGGUGGUCCUGGUGGACCCGGUGGUUCGUGUCCAUGUUCGGGAGGCUCUAGGGGCCCACCUGGUGGACCACCUGGUGGACCACCUGGCCCUGGAGGUCCUGGCAGGAAUCGGCCUGAGGAUGAUGAUUUAACAGGCGACAGCCUUCUGGUCGCUGCGAACGAUACUAUUGAAACCAUGAAAAAUGCAAUGGUUAGCAACAAAAUAAUAGAUAGGGAUCCAACAGAUCCUAAGGCUACCCCUCCAAUGAAAAAAGAAGAAAUCCAACGAAUAAUGCAACAACGUUAUGAUCCUGAAAUAAGCAAGGUGUUUGAUAACAAAAUUAGGGAGUUGUCAGAUGCUAAAAAGAUAAAUAGUGCCGAUGAAAGAGAUCUGUGGGAUAUCCAAAGGGCCAUCGACGAUAUGAAUAAGUCUCAUGACAUAUUAGAAGCUGAAAAUGGUAAUCUUAGAAGAAUACUUGAAAAGCAGUCAAGGCGUGCGGCGAUGGACAGCAUUAAAAUUGAUCCAGAAAGAAACAGCGAUGUGCAGUAUUUACAAAAUAAGAUCAACAAUUUAGGCAAGGAGUUGGCUAUACUGCGGCAAGCUGAAGAUGAAUUUACAAGAUCUGGGGCACAACGCGGUGGAAAUCCUUGUAACGAUGCAAACAGUGAUGCCAAUAGACUUCAAAUCAUGUUGGCUGACCGUGAGUCUCUCCGCAAAAAGAUCAAGGCCUUGGGAUCGCUCAACGAUUUGUCUAGGGCUGCACAAAAGAAGGCUAGAGAGAGUGCUGAGCUAACUAAAACCGUCAACAACCAAAAGCGUUGUAUAUGUGACAUGGAGAAUGACAUUCAUGAAAUGCAGCAGUACUAUGAGCAUGAGGUCGAAAAAACCAAAUACAAUGAGGAAGUACUUAAGUGUCGCUGCAAAGAGCUCCAACAACAAGUGGUCACUCUCCAACCGGCGAUGCAGCGAGCUGACACUAUGCAAAUGGAAAUCGAUGUUCUAAGAAGUGAGCUGCGAAAACGUGAUUUGGCACUAAAUGCCUAUGAUUGCCAAUAUCAGCAGCUAAUGACCGUUAUAUGUGAACUAAAUCAGAGGUAUGGAAGUCAACCUGCUGAAUGCCCUCCGUUUGAUGAGCCACCAGAUUGUCCCGAUGUUGGUGAUGACUUGGCCUUCUACACGAGUGUCACUCUGCAGCAUAUAAUGAACGAGAUGAGUAAACAAGCAGAUUGCUUCAGGCAAAUGAGCGAAGAUAAGUAUGAUGGUGGUAAGGAUAUCAAAAAUUUAGAUGACUGUGCAUGUGAAAUGGAUCGCUUGAAGAAUUUGUUAAAAGAAAAGGAUAGUCAGUUGGGUGAACUGAUAGAGGAGAAUGAGUGCAUGUGUGAAGCCGCUCUAGAAAGCAAAAAAAGACUCAACGAAUUGGAUAAGAAAGUACAACAACUUGAUGAUGACACAAGAUAUAUGGAGGAGGGUAUGCGAGAGAGCAUUGGAUUAAUACAAGAUAUUGGCGAUGUUGCUAGAGAGAAUGAUAAACUGAAGGGUAAGGUUGAUGACUUGAAAGCAAGUGAUUUAAUGAAACAGUUAGAGGAUUGCUUAAAAAAGAAAGAGCAGUGCGAAGAAAUCAAUAACAGUUUAAAAUCUGCUUUGAGGGAUCUUGGAGUGGACCCUGAUAAUCUUGCAAAUGCAUUAAAAAAAAAAUCGGAAGAUCAGAAGAAAGCAGCAGAAGACGCUAAGAAAGCACAAGACGCUGCAAAAAAAGCAGGUGACAAGCCCAUAGAUUCAACUGCCGAUAAAAAGGGAGCUUCUGCCAGAGAUUCAACAGCCGGGAAAGCUGGCGCUAAGCCCGGUGAUUCAACGUCCGGAAAACCUGGCGCCGGAGAUUCGGCAGACGGAAAAGCUGGUGGUAAGGCCGGAGAUUCAGCAGCUGGCAAAUCUGGUGCAGAUUCAGGAGCUGGGAAAUCUGGAGCGGAUUCAGCAGCCGGGAAAUCUGGUGCAGACUCAGCAGCCGGAAAAUCUGGUGCAGAUUCAGCAGCUGGAAAAUCUGGAGCCGAUUCAGCAGCCGGAAAACCUGGCGCUGGGACCGCAGAUGCCGGAAAAUCUGGAGCCGAUUCAGCAGCCGGAAAACCUGGCACUGGGACCGCAGAUGCCGGAAAAUCUGGAGCCGAUUCAGCAGCCGGAAAAUCUGGUGCAGCGGCCGGAGAUUCGGCAGCUGGAAAAUCUGGUGCAGCGGCCGGAGAUUCGACAGCUGGAAAGUCUGGUGGUGCUGCGGGUGGACAACAAGGCGCAAUGGGUGGAGCCGGAGACGAUAAACAAGGUGCUGACGCGACCGCUCAAGGCCAAAAAGGAGGCGCUGGUACCGUUGGAAGGGGCUCGAAGUCCACCGGGAAAAAGGGCAAAAGAGGAGAAGGUUCGACACUGGAUGAUACCACUGAAGAGCAGUUUGACGAAUUUGUUAAGAACACAGCGAAAACGUUGUCUGCCGGCGAGAUUGAUGGCGUUAGCUUGGAAAGGGAGUUACGCAAAAUUUUGGAUAUGUUUAUUGAUGAGUGUGGAUUUUGUUUCUGCAAAUGCAAUAUUCCGAAAAGCCGCUUUUAUGCUAUAUGCCAUAAGCUCUACCAUCAUGGGCUGCACACAUUGGAUUUUAAGGACCUGGCCUAUAUGCACAAGCGUAUCUUUGCUGCGGCAGAGAACAUUCUGCCUGGAUGCCUCUUUAAUAUGAUAAUGAAGGAUAUAAUGUCCUGUAAUCCACAAAGCAUCGUGCCAUCAACAGCUGUCCAAAAAAAACAGUGCUGCACUUGCAAGAGCUCACUCUGCUGCGAUGACACUGAAGACAAACUUAUGUUAAAAGUAAUGCGUCUGGAAAACGACAUUGAAAAUGCCAAGGUAUGUUUAAAGAACCUAAAAAGCAUUCCAUCUAAUCUUUCCAUACAUGAUUACCGCAUUGAAGGCGGCGAUUGUCCUGCAAAGGAUCGUGUAUUACGUUCUACUCGUGGGGGAAAUUCGAUUACCAUUUACAAAGAAAUUAAGCAAGCACGACGUGUUAAGAAAGGACUUAGCACAAACAAUUAAUUAUGUUUUUGUUCUUGUCUUUUGUACACAUUGGGUUGGAUUAAAGUAAUACGUCCGAUUAAACGUUAACAAAUGAAAAUCCAACCAAUAAAUUCGUUGUGUAUAUUUCAUUUUUAAAUGAACAAUUUAAAUAAAUGUUUAAAUCGAUAA